UAAUGACGCUAUACACGUGCAGCAAUAACAAAGCGUUUUUCCUCACCCGUUUCGGUAAAACGCUGAGGGAUGGGGCUGGAGAAAUGCAACCACUCUCAAAUUCAUAGAUAUAACUAUGGAUGCCAGGACUUACCAUCCAUGAUAUCAAAAUUAUAGUUUUGAGGUGGUAUAGUUUUUGUUGACAUUAAUUUGUUUAAAAACAUUGGAGUGAAACAAGCUUAUAUUUUGGGUUCUGAUUGGGUGCAACAGUUGAACUAAGCUCAUGGGUCAUUUAUACGUUAUAUUAUUCAAGAAUCAAAUGGGCAAAUAUCAUUAAUUCAGAAGUCCAAAAAUGGAUGAAGCAACUGCACAUUUCCCCUUUAAACACACAAAAAAUUCGUACAGUCAUCGGGGUGAAAACGCAGGGUUUUAUCUCAUAAAACCAAGGCAGACACUAGUAGGCUAUCGGCAUCAGCAGCCUGUGGGUUUUUAAUAGAAAUGUUGUUAUUGUGACUUUUGCCGGAAAUAUCAUGUCCGGAACUAACACGUCCGACUUGCUGCGAACUGGUUGAACGCUGUUUCAAUCGCUGAUUGGCGAUUUAAUGUAUCAUUUAUUUGUCCCUCUUGCGUGUGCAGUUAGCCAACCAGUCGGCAGAACACGCUAUUAUGAUUUUUUUACGUCGUUUGUUGUUUGGUCUAGUGUGCGGUCAGCAACAUGAUUGACAGUUUCAAUAUCCUACAGCUGCAAAAAGGAUUAUGCAUUUUGAUUAAAUGUUGAAAUAUGAUUUAUUUCAGUAGGUGGAUUUGAACAUCUCUCCUUGGUUUACUCAGAAUACAGGAAAUCCAUUGCGAAUUCCUAUCGAUUUUAGUGCAAACAUUAAUAUAAUUAUUUAUUAACCACUGGUGGGUUAGGGCUGCAUCAUAGCCCUUUAUGGUACCCCUUAUAAGUAGUCCAACAACGCCUCCUAGCGGUAACCUCUCGAACAGUAAAUGUGAUAAACGAGGAGGACUUUGUCAGUAAAAAUUGGCGCAAGGCUGGUUUGUCUGGAGCGUUGGUGGGAUUAUUCUUGGUUUAUAGAGAUAUAACAAAAACAACGCUAAUGAUUUUGUCAGUAAAAAAACAAUGAAUUGACGCUUUCAUUGUUGCCUUCAAAUUUUCUGCGCUGUAUGUUGGUCAAUGGUCUCCACCUUGGCAACAGUAGAUGCCCAGUCGAACCACCUUUAAUCUGAAUAUUUGCGCUUCAAGACCGUGUUGGCAUGUCACGAUUCAACAUCCUUUUCCUCUUCACGCUGACCUUUAUUAGAGAGCUGCUGGGACACAAUGAAGUUUCAGGCUCUGGAACCACACUGCACAGCAGCUACAAUGAGGUUGUUCCAGAGGAGGAGUACUAUACUCCCCGACUGGACUACAGGAAUCCAAGAUGGUGUCACUUUUUGAGCCUGGCAAAUGGGGAUGUGACCUGCCACUCCCCCCGUGGAGGGAACUACCGCAGCACCCUGGGCACCCGCUGUGAGAUGACCUGUGACCGUGGCUACAAGCUGCUGGGCAGAACCUCUGUGCAGUGUAUGCCCAAUCGCCGUUGGUCUGGGACCAGUCACUGCCGCCAGGUUCGUUGCAACACGCUGCACCUGAUCUGGCACGGCACGUACCACUGCACCCAGGGAUACAUGGUGGACUCCAGGUGUGAUUACAUCUGUGAGCCGGGGUACCGGAUCGAGGGGGACCACUCUCGCACCUGUCUGGAUAGGGGGUCCUGGAGUGGGGCAGAGCCCAUCUGUGAAGAUCAUGAUCCUCCAAAAAUAAAGUGUCCCAUGUCCCGGGUGAAGGUCGCAGAGCCUGGGAAACUAACCGCCAGAGUGUCCUGGGACCCGCCGGUUGCCACGGAUACUGCUGAUAAAACAUUAGAUGUAAUGCUGAUAGGCCAGCGGCCAGAUACCAACUUUAAAGAGGGGAUAAACAUUAUCCGGUACACAGCACACGACCAAGCCGGGAACAGGGCUGCCUGCAAGUUCAUUGUUCGGGUUGAGGUCAGGAGGUGUCCAGUCCUCAAGACCCCUCUCCAUGGUUACCUCACCUGUGACUCUGAUGGGAACAACUACGGGGCGGUGUGCGAGUACCACUGUGACGGGGGCCAUGAGAGGCGGGGGACCUCCAGCCGAGUCUGCCAGUUCGACCGCAGCUGGACUGAGGCCCCCGCCGAGUGUGUCACAAUGGAGUUUAAAACAGAUGUGAACACAGCAUCUGCCCUCCUGGACCAGUUCUAUGACAAGAGGAGGCUUCUGAUUGUGUCAGCACCUAACGUAGCCCAUGGAGACUACAAGCUCCAGAACCUUAUGGUGCAGAAGGCAGAUUGUGGUCUGGACCUACGACAAGUGACGGUGAUUGAGCUGCUAGGUUCCCCCCCUCGAGAAGUGGGCCGCAUCAAGGGACGCCACCUGGACACUGAGGUCAUCGAGGGUCUGAGGCAGGCUUUCCGGAUCUCCAGAUCCUACUUCAACAUGGUGCUGUUGGACAAGGAUGGUUUGGACCACGAGAGAUUCAUCACUCCCACCACAUCCGAUGAGCUCUUCUCAUACAUUGACGAUAACCUGUUGGAUGAAGAAGAACGACGUCGGCUGGAGUUGCACAGAGACUACUGUGACUAAGACAGUGGUUUGGGGAGGUCAGACACUUAUGUAGAUAGCGCAGAGGAAAAAGCUUUGCUAUGUAGAGAUACAAUCAUGGACACCGGGGUAGCCCAGAAUAGAAAGAGAAACAAGCAGGUAACAGCUCUGGUAGUGAAAUGUUUCCACUGGCUGAUAGAUAAUGAUCUGAUAGAUUUAGAGGUAGCCUGUUUUUACAGGUCUAAAAGUAUAGAAACGUAUGUACGUAUCUUUUUUACUUCACUACCCAUACUGCACUGUAACAAACGUGGAUGAUUACAGGUUUAGGCAUUUCACAUAUUUAUUAGGUGAAUGAAUAAAAUAUUUGAUACAGUCAUAGCAGUGGAGGCUGCUGAGGGGAGGAUGGCUCAUAAUAACGGCUAGAACGGAGAGAGUGGAAUGGCAUCAAACCAUGCGUUUGAUGUAUUUGAUACCAUUCCACUUAUUUCGCUCCAGUCAUUACCACGAUCCUGUCCUCCCCAUUUUAGGUGCCUGUGAGCCAUAGUAGAAGCAAACUUGACUCAAGUUACAGUAUGAAAGAUAAUGACAUUUACUUUCAAGACUAUAAAUAAGAGGAUAGAGGUUGAGAAAUAAAAAUGGGUCACUUUUAGUGCAACUGAUCAUAUUUACAUACAUAUUUCAAUGUACCACAUGCUUGACAUCCCUAUCACAGGUACAGUAGUUUUCAUUUGAUUGCCAUGAAGCACCACACAAAAUAUGAUAUGGACCAAAAAUGGACACCAUUUUUCAGUGCCUUCGAGUGCAACAGAGAUUCAGCCUGAAACUGAAAACCUGGCAACCCCCAUGAAGCACCAUAGUUAAUAAUUAAAUGGUUUUCUGAUCAUGGAUGGAAUUUAGCUUGAAGAAAUAUGUGAAACAAAUGUCAAUUAAACAUGAGUUGUUGAAUUUGAGCAACUCUUUGGUUAGUGCGGUUUAUGAUUUUAAAAAGCAUUUGCAUGAUUAAACACACAACCUUGCAUUCAAA